CGAACUGUAUUUUAUUUUAUUUUUCUGGGUCUGGGAAAAUAUGGCGGCAUUGAGGGUUUCGCUGGCUGGUUUGGCGAGGGGGUCUGGCGCUGGCGGGCGCAUGAUGUUUUCGACGACGAGGGCGGUUGCGAGCUUGUCUGCGAGAGUGAAGCAGAGCAUCAAGCGAGAUGCAGCUCUGCCGAACCCCGAUCCCGCUCCAGAUUCUCCCAGCGCGGCGCUCGUCAACGAAUUCGCGCCGUACAUGGUCGCGACAUAUGCGCGACCGCCGCCUGUCUUUGUUCAGGGCGAGGGUUCGUGGUUGUGGGAUGUUGAGAAUCGCAAGUAUCUUGAUUUUACGGCGGGAAUUGCCGUGACGAGUUUGGGUCAUAGCGAUCCUGAGUUUGCGGACAUCAUUGCUCAGCAGGCCAAGUCACUGAUCCAUGCUUCGAACCUGUACUACAAUCCCUGGACCGGCGCGCUGUCGAAGCUGCUCGUCGAAAAGACUCUCGAGGCGGGAUGCAUGCACGAGGCAUCAAAGGUCUUCAUCUGCAACUCGGGCACCGAGGCCAACGAGGCUGCCAUCAAGUUCGCCAGGAAAGUGGGCAAGAUUGUCGAUCCGUCCGGCGAAAAGGUUGACGUUGUGUCGUUCCAACAUGGCUUCCACGGCCGCACCAUGGGCGCCCUCUCCGCGACGCACAACCCCAAGUACCAGAAGCCCUUUGCGCCCAUGGUGCCUGGUUUCAAGCAGGGUACGUACAACGACGUCGCUGGCAUCAACGACCUGGUCAACGAAAAGACGUGCGGUGUCAUUGUCGAGCCUAUCCAGGGCGAGGGAGGCAUCUACGCCGGCAGCGAGGAGUUUAUGGUGGCGCUCGCCAAGCGAUGCCGUGAAGUUGGCGCUAUCUUAAUCUACGAUGAGAUCCAGUCUGGUCUUGGCCGCACUGGCAAGCUGUGGGCUCACGGCAGCCUUCCCAAGGAGGCUCACCCAGACAUCCUGACCACGGCCAAGGCCCUCGGCAACGGAUUCCCCAUCGCCGCGGUCCUCGUCACCGAGGCCGUCGCCGAAAAGAUCAAGCUCGGCGACCACGGCACCACCUUUGGCGGCAACCCGCUCGCCUGCCGUCUGGCGCACUACGUCGUGUCCAAGCUCUCGUCGCCCGAGCUCCAGGAGAGCGUGGUGGCAAAGUCCGGCAUCUUCACGGACCGCUUCGCCAAGCUGCAGGCCAAGUUCCCGGAGCUCAUCACGGAGCACCGCGGCCAGGGACUCAUUCUGGGACUGCAGCUGACGGAGGAUCCUACGAAGAUUGUGACUGCUGCGAGGGAGAGGGGGUUGUUGGUGAUUACGGCGGGGACGAACACGUUGCGGUUCUUGCCGAGCUUGGUGAUGACGGAGGAGGAGAUUAACCAUGGGUUGGAUAUCUUGGAGGAGGCUAUUGUUGCUACGCGGUCGUAGUGGGGAGAAAUGUUGUUGAAACUCCCUUUGUUUUAUGAGCCCUGGUUUUUUUGGUUUUUAUAUGUAUAAUGUUCUGGCGGGUUUCAGUAUGGUCUUGGUUUGGUUGGGAGUUUUCAAAAAAUGUAUAAAAGGUGUUGAGUGUUAGAUAUGAAAAGCAUCACGAUGGUUACAUUUACAUAUCAAUGUUCGGAGAGAAGAAGAAGAAAAAGUAAAAGAGUAUGUCCUAUAUAAAAAGUACGGAUAUCGUCGUUCCAACCUCUCAUGGUCAAAGACUAGAGUGGCCCGGCAACAUCACCCAUAAGAUGUUAAAUAGACUACGGCUAAGAUCAUUCUUUUCAUCAGAAGUAGGUUGUGGUAUUUACUGUUCCCCCCCUAUUCCAUCAUUUUUUGUUCUUUUUUUCCUUUCUUAUAUAUCCCAAGCACGUCUCUCCCUCCCAGAUUAGCAGAUGGCGUGCGUCUUCCCCGUCUUCCCCUGC